AUGGGAGACCCGCUUGGCUGCAUCGAUGGAGGCAAGUGGCCACCUGCGGACAUGUCCCAGGUGGAGACGGAGGAUGUGCUGGUGUUCUCAGACAGCUAUGGCUACUGCAAGGAUAUCCUCCAGCAGGCGCCGCCCGGCAGAGUGGGCACAGUGAAUGUGCAGUCCAAAGCGGCGGAGAAGUACACGGAGAAGGAGGUCCAGCGCAUCGUCACUGCGCACCCGUGGGAUCUCAUCAUCUUCGCUCUCGGCAUUGACCUGCCUGCGAGUAGCAGCGUUGCGGAUGUGCACAAGCACCAGGCGGAUGUCAUGAAGGUCUUCUUGGCGAUCCUCAAAAAGCUCGAGGACUCCAGAUGCAAAAGGUUCUGCGUCAUUACGGUGGACACUUUUGCAGAGGAGCGAGAGAUCCACGAGGAACUGGGCCUGGGCCUGAUCACCAAUGCCACGCUCUUCGGUGCGUGCAACACAGCAAGGUACGAGGUGCCAUGUCCGGUCCAGUUCAUAGACACCGAAUGGGCGCUGAGGACCGAAAAUGUGAAGUACCUAGUGGCCGAGAUCUUUCGACAUGCUUCCUUUGGCCACAACUCCGUGCGCAUCCUGAACAAGGGACGCUAUGUGCUGAGGCAGAUGUCUUGCAAGCCAUAUCUCAACAACCCGGAGUGGCAGCUGCCAGAGGAUGGUGUCAUUGCCAUCUCUGGUGGUAACGGCGCUCUGGGUUUGGUCAUGGGAGGCUGGAUUCUGCGCACGGCCAAGCGCCAGGGCGGCAAGAAGUUCACCAUCAAGUUCCUAUCCAGGUCCUGCAAGAUCAGCGAUCAGAACAUGCCCAACUGGCAGGAAGUCCAGUCUCUAGCGGCCUCUUUGGGCAUCACAGUGGAGCAGGCGAAGUGCGACGUGAGCUCCCAGGAGUCGGUGGAUCAGUUCAUCUCCAGCGUCACGCCGAACCUCACAGGAUUUAUCCACUCGGCCGGAAUCCUGCAGGAUGCGAUGCUCAUGAACCAGACCUGGGAAAAGUUCGACGCCGUGUAUGAGGAGCGACGGGUAUUCCCUUAA